AUAUGAGGAAGAUUGCAGAGAGAAAAGGUGGUCUUUGCCUUCCAACAGAUAUAUUAAUGCAGUAGACGGGAUCCUUUUGAAUGGCAGUGUAAAGAAGGUCACAGGUGGAAGACAAAAAACUAUCCCGAUACAAAGAUAUAAUCAAGAAUAUGUUGUAUAUCAACCUAUUGAUAUAGCAUAUGGUGUUGCACAGAAACGAGGUGGUAAGUACCUUUCUACAGAAUAUGUCAAUGCAAGUACUCAAAUGCUUUGGAGAUGUGCCAAAGAUCUUGAACUCUUUAUUGAAUAA